AUGUGGAAGUUCCAGUCUUUGCCCAUAGGACAAGCUGGCUUUUGUGUUUCAGGUGCGCUUGUUGUCUGGGAGAACUAUGAGGCACUCGGUACGAAUACGACCAACAGAUCCAGCAACUAUGCUGACCGCAAGUUCAGGUUCAAGCAUGUGGACCACACUGGUAGGUACAAGUGCUCCAAGUGCGCGAAAUCGUACCGAUGGAAGCAUCACCUCGUGGAACACGUCAAGGCUUCGUGCGGCCAGAAGAAGGCGGAGUGUUGCCCGUAUUGCAGCUAUAAGAGCAACCGCAAGUGGAAUCUGAAGUCGCACAUAAAGAGGAUCCACGCGAGCGUAUAAAAAGCAGAUAACGAAACAUUAUUGAUGGAUUACAAAAUACAUUAUUGACUCACAGUAUCUCACAACAGAUGUCUCCAUUUCAAUGUUCUUCAAUAAAACAAAUUGUUUAUCGCACUCAGAUCUCUCGACUGUGUUGCUUGUAGCAACAGACAUUAGUCAAAUCUCUCGUUCGUUAUUCAUAAUGCUGUUCCUAGAAACCAAAUCCUUGAAGACGAGAAGUUCCUCUAGAGAAUAUCCAUACAUUCCUUUUAAUUACCAUCGUCGAAGUUCUUCCUUUCUCUCUCAUUUUUAAUAUCUCUUGAUUAUAUUUAUGAUUUUAUUCAAUUUUUUUUCUGCGGAUAGGAACAUAAAAUGAAAAUAGAAAGAAAUUCCUGUUGAAUUUGUUCCGUUCAAGAGCUGAAUUCUUUUAAGUACAUGUAUUUUAUUCGCGCCUCUUUCAUGUUUCAGGACCAUUUAUUUACGAGACUCGUUUACAAAGUACGGCGAAAUCGCGAGUGUUUAUACGCGAUUCGGAACAGGUGUGGAGAGCCAUUGACGCGGUCGCCAAUGGGAUGUCUUUGAGGAAGGCCGCGAGAAUCUACUGCAUAUCCAAAUCGGUUCUGCAUCGAUACAGCAAAAAGGGCAUCCCGAAACGAUCGACUUACACGAAGAAGUUCGAGGCAUAUGCGAAUUUUUAAUGCUCGAAGAAUAUCACGAUUAUUUAUUUAACAUUCUAACAAUAAGUGGCAUUAGAAAGGUCUUUAGAGAAUUCUGUAAUCUUCGCGAUAAAAGAUGUAUCAAGAGAUUUUCUUCUUCGAUUGACAGCACAUUGCACAUUAUUUAUCAUUUUCCUGCCUCUUAUACAAAACUGGAUGUGAAAUUUUAUAUUAUUGCAUGAAUUGUUAUGGUGGUUAUUAAAUAUGUUUAUAAUUUGUGAACGGUAAGUAUCGAUGACAUCAUCGAAGAGUAUAACAUUUUCAGAUAUUUUUAGUUAUGGUUAUUUUACAAUAUUUUUAAUUAUUGUUUUAUCAAUAAUGCG